CCCGGCCUAAGGCAAUCAACUCGGUGGUUGUGCGCAAUGCGUUUACGCGCAUUCAUCACCUGGCAAGUCACACCUCAGUCAGUUUUACCAACCACCAAAAGAACGAAACACAUCAAUUUUAUGAGAUGACAUGACCAGAGAUGUGUCUCGUGAAAAUACAUUCACUUUUGACCACGGUCGUUCAUCACAUCAGUCUGUAAGAUGACUUGGAGAACACUGGUCGUCUCCCAAAUACUGCAUGCGCGGUUAUGAUCUUGUAAAACCACCUAGCCAAAUAUUCAUUAUUAUAAACACUAGUUCAGUUGUGAUGUUUAGCCUAUGAUUUUUUUGUUUCUUAUCAGUUGAGCCGCUAUAUCGUACCCAUGCUGCAGUAAGAGAUCAUACCAGGUUGCUGUCAGUGCUUGUUUUUCUGCUGGGGCUGCUGAUGCUGACUACGUCACAGGCGGUGCUGCGGCGCAGUGUCGGGCUGCAGCAGCAUGGUAGUGGUGGGACGAGUGCGCACAAGGAUGCGACAGACACUGAAGAAAGUUUAAAGAUGCUACUGCACAGAAAAAUGUACUUUGCAUGAAAUAGAUCUGCACACAUGUUAUCGACUCCUUCUUUGCUGACGCUCAGACGACUGCUUGCUUCAGGCUAGGUAAACAAUCGCUCGUUCCAGUCCUCGGUGUGUGCACCUGCAUGAUCCGUGGGCCAGGUGAGGCAGCGGAGCGGCAGAGGGACGCGGGCUGCUGCCUUCAGCUCGUCCUGGUCUUAUCUUCAUCAUUAGUUUAAUCCAGGGGAUCACACGGCGGCUGCUGAGUCCAGCUUGCAAGAUGUACUUCAAGAACUUAAGGGAGUACCUGGCCUGGCUCUACUACCAGUACCUUCUCAUCACAGGCAUCUACGUCCUGGAGCCUUGGGAAAAGUCCAUCUUCAACUCCAUCCUCUUCUCCGCCAUUGCCAUGGUAAUCUACACCUCUUAUGUCUUUGUGCCCAUCCAUGUGCGCCUCGCAUUGGAGUUUUUCUCUGGGAUCUUUGGCGGCCAGCCAGAGAGCACCAUGGCCCUCAUGAACUAAAAGAAGGAGGAAAUAUGAGGGGGGAGGAGACUAUGACUGGGGUUGGAUUUUUUUAGCAUGAGUCCCCAACCCUUUACCUGUAACUCAACUUCCUAGGUCUCUCUUUCAAGACUGAAAGCAUGAAGAUCUUAAUGGAAUCAUCUGGAAAUCAGAGCCUUACUGUCUUCUUUACAUCCCAAACUCCCCCGGCCUUACCCCAUGGUAUUAGACACGACUAUGCAUUACUUUCACCACCACGCUGUGAAAUGUCUUGUGAAAUGUUGUUUGUCCUAUUUUGUUUUUUUCCAACCACAUGUCCUGUGUGAAUGCAUCCCACCCUGGGGAUUUCGCAUGAAAGGGUCAUACGUGGGUUACUUGUACAUUUGCAUGCUCGUCUCACUGCAAAAUGCAACUAGACUUGUUUCUUCCUAAAAAGAUUUAACGCUACAUUUUUAAAGAGUUUUCCAGGAAUGUAGUUUGUAAUUUCCAUUAAAUUGGUCGACUGUUAAGGAACUGAAAUCAACCUUCCAAAUCAAAGACAGAGGUGAGAGAUAAUCUGACUUUAAAUCCCAAAUUUCUCAUAAACACUGAAUCCUGCAUUUCCUAAAAUUUUAUUUAACAGUUUUACAAAUAGACCCUUCCUGGCUGGUUCAGAGUCACAUCUUUCAGCACCAGGAGUAUGUCAUACAUCUUCUACUCCAAAGUCAAGAUCUCAAAGUCCAUGCUUAAAUAUCACUGAUGCUAUCAUUGGAACUAUUUUUCAGACUUGGCUGGCUGUGUCAGAAAUCCCUUAUAUUUGCUAUGAAAUGCAUUUUAUUAACUCCCAGCUACUUAAUAUGGUAACCAUAUUGAACUUUUACAUUUUUAUAACUGACAGGAAAAUGGUAAUGUUUUUUGCCUCUGCUAUUACUCCUGUAACGCAAAGUGGUGCAUUUAUAGUGUUGGACAAUAAGGUUCUAUUCAUCUUGUUCAUGAUACCAGUGAUUCAUAAUAGUCUGAACUCUCUUUUAUCUACUCACUAUGAGUAUAUUUUAGUCUUUACUCCAUUUACUACAGUGAGUAGUUUCACCCAGUCUUGGAAAAACAUAAUAUAAAACUUCCUCUGAGCUGAGGAUGACUCUACUUGGUGUUUAAACUGAACAUGAUGUUUAAAAUGAGUAUACUGUCCCUUUAACUAUUAAUUUGUUUGUGUGCUGCAAUAGUAGCAACAAAUAAUCCCUCCGAUCAUCACAAAUUUGAACUCAUCCCAACACUUCUGUCAAGCACUUAAUAUCACUGCAUGAUCUUUGGUUUUUUAACACCAUUUCUAAGUUGGCAUUUGCACUGAAAUACUAACAGGCCGGACACUUUGCACAUUUCAAGUCACUUUAUAGCUGAUCCUGAGAAGGAAAGUUCACAGACAUGCCCAAGCUUUGCAAAAAAAAAAUUCCAGAAAGUCAUGAUCAUGGAUCUGUUAUGCACUAAAGGAGCGUUUGCCCCUCCUCACAUUUAUAGGUUUACUGAUCAAAGCGAGCAAUAAAAGGAAUUAACGUGUGCCCAAGCCCUCUCUUUAUCUCCUGUUUUGAACUAUUGGUAUGUCAGGAAGGUGUGCUCUGUUUUGAGCAUGAGCAAAUAUUGAUACAACACACCUUUGUAUUUUAGGCUUGGCUUUGUUAGUGACACAGCUUUGCUUUAUUGACAGCGUCCGCGCUCGAAGCUGGCACAUGCAAAAUGCAAAGACGCUUCGGUCAAAUUGUUAUGAAUGUAAAGCAAAAUCAAUACUGUCUUCUUUAUACCUAUAGUUGACCUAUAGAGAAAGAACCGGAGAGGAAAUAAGUCAUGGUGUAUCUGGUGGUUGUAAUGAGCAUUGCACUUAGUUGUGGGAUUUAGAUCAUAUUUGAUUGUUUGUGCUUUGGGUCAAGGGCUGGCUGAUCACAGUCUUAAUCAUGAUCUUCAAGUUAACUUUAUUUAUAUGGCAUUAUAUAUUUAUAUACAUUGGUAAAUGCUUGGCUGGUUACAAUGUCAAUUACCAAACUUUGAUUAUUUACUGUAUAUCUGUGUUCUCUUGUGGCCAUAAAUUAAACAACACAUAAUUUGUUUUUUGCUUUGUUUUUUCAACCUGAGAGUGCUUUUAUGUUGUUUUCAUUGAUUGUCAUUCCAUUUCACUUUUUAUCAUACACCUACCAUAGUCUGAGAAAUUUCCUGUACUGAGAAUGAAGAGGGGUAUUUUUUCUCACCCAAAUGAAUGUUAUAUUUCUACUUGAUUGCACCACAUCACUGCAAUAUUCAGAUAAUAAACACAUCUAAAAAAAUAA